ACUGUGAUGUGACUAUUGACUAGCUUUACACUACAAAAUGACCGGGUUAUAAGGUGUUGUUUAAUGUUUUGUUACAUUUAUUAGAGUUCAUAAUAAUUAUUAUAGCUUAAAAAUUUUAUUUGUAUAUAAUAUAAUGGCAACCAAAGUAGCUAUAGUCACAGGAGGCAACCGUGGUAUAGGUUUUGAAAUUGUUAAGGGUCUAUGUCUUAAGUAUGAUGGUAUUGUGUACCUCACAGCUAGAGAUGAGGAUAGGGGCAAGAAAGCCGUCCAAAAACUUGAACAGAUGGGAUUAAAACCGGUAUUUCAUAAACUUGAUGUGACAAGCCAUAAGAGCAUAGAAGAAUUUGCUGCACACAUUCAAACUAAUAACCAAGGAAUAGACAUUCUAGUAAACAAUGCAGGUAUUCUUGAUUUCGAUAAAUCUGUGUCAUCAUAUGAAGAUUCAAAAAAGUUGCUCGACACGAAUUUCUACAGCCUCUUGAAAAUAUCAGAUAUUUUAUAUCCCCUGCUAUUAAAUACAGCUAGAAUUAUAAACUUAAGCAGUGAUUGGGGUUUGUUGUCAAAUAUCAGAAAGCAAACUUGGUUCGAUAUUCUAGAAAAAGAUAAUUUAUCUGUGGAGGAGAUAUUACAGUUUGUUGAUGAUUUUCUACAAGGUGCAAAAAGUGGUAAAAACACAUUUAUGUCAUUUGCUGGUCAUUAUGGUGAUUAUAAAGUGUCAAAGGUAGCCAUGUCCGCCUUAACCUUUGUACAGCAGAGAGAAUUUUUGAAGCUUGGUAGGGACAUAUCUGUAAACUGUGUACAUCCAGGCUUUGUCAAGACAGAUAUGACAAAAGGAAUGGGGGAUUUUUCUCCAGAACGUGGUGCUCGGGCUCCAUUAUACUUGGCAUUGGAAGCCCCACAGUCUCUUAAGGGUACAUUUGUUUGGCAUGACUGUCACCAAGUGAAUUGGGAUGAUUGAAGAUAUUUAUAUACAUUUUCAUUAUUGUUUGUAAACUGUGAUAAUAUUUAGUGUCACAACACUUUAAAAGCUAAUAUAUGUUUUUUUAGUUGAA